CAUGAAAUCACUCUUUGCCGAAACUUUGCCAGUGAAAGAUGUAAAGCAAAUUCUGUUGUUUUCUUUUAACUUUUCAAAUUCAGUAGCAUUGCUCGCACUGAAUUUCUUUCUGCUACAAACAAAGUGAUUCUGGGAAAGAAAAAAAAAUAAAUAAAGUGAAAAAUAUAACAAUUAUCUUAGAAGCUAAACUGUGAAACAUAUCUACAAACGUCAUGAUUAGAGAUCGUUUGGAAGAGCUCAAACAGCAGGAGACACAGCUUGAUCAUGCCUCAUCAUCAGAUUCGCUGUGCAUCAUAAGCGAAGAUGAGCUGGUGGAAUAUGUGCGAGAAGGUGGAAAUGAAGUGGAAUCAGAGUUUGUUAUUAUACCGCUUAAGCCAGCCAUUGAAGCUCUUCUGAAAGUUUAUUCCGAAAUUCUGAGAGAAUUCCAUAUAAUCACCAAUAAUUUGGAAAUAAUGAAAGACAUGAUUGCUGCAAAAAAUGCCAAAAGUUUUAAUGAAAAGGAAUUCUUUAAAACCCGACAAAGCAGCAUACAAACGGGCAAUAAUAUAAUGGGACAAUUCCAGAUUCUAGAAACCAACCUACCCAAGCAAAAUGAUUUCUCCACAUUGGCCAGAAUGAAGCGGAUACUUUACUAUGGCCUGUUUCAAAAGUAUGUUGAGAUAUGGACUGAAACCGAACAAUUCCUGCAAAACUAUGAAGCCAAUACAAGAAAAACGCUAAAGACACAAUCGAAAAUUCUGAACAUUGAAUUAAACGAAGAAGAAAUUGAAGCAUUGGUAUCGAAUAAGCAGACUAAUCUAUAUGCAUGCAAUAUUUUAGAAGACACCGAGCAUGCGCGAAAGACCCUGGAUGCUCUUACUGCACGUUUGGGAGAUCUAAAAAAACUUGAAAAAUCUCUUGCUGAGGUCCAUUCAAUGUUCAUCGAGUUACAAAGAAUGGUGGUGGAACAGAGUGUUGUUAUGCAAAGUAUUGAAAAACAUUUCCUAGAUGCUGAAAAUUAUGUGGAGGAAGCUGUUGAAGACAUCAAACAUGCAGAAGAGUUACAUAAAAAGGGUGUUAAGAAAAAAUUUGUCCUCAUUAUUUUAUCUCUGAUCAUACUUUUGAUAAUUAUAAUAAUUGUUUUCAAUGUGUAGAUGUUGAGUCCUCCAACGAAUUUAGACUGUCAUAUGUUUUGUGUGUAAAUUUAGUUUUUAAAACCAUAUUAGGAAAUUAUUGCUGCCACAUAAAUAUAAUGAAUAGUUUUGAUUAGAAGUUCCUAAUUAAAAAAAUUAUAAAAUAAAUAAUGAAACAUAUUUUAAGUAUUAAGUAGAUUUUCAAAUAAACAACGAUAUUCGAAUAAAUAAUUUACACAUUUUAGUCAAACGUCAUGAGCUGUUGACAUUUGAAAAAUGUCGUGUAAAGCAGAGUUUACAUGGCACAUCAUGAUCGUACUCAUCGUGUGUACGUGUUGAUUACAGCUUUUACCUAAAACGGUACAUCGAUUAUUUACUUUUCUGUGAUUUUAUUUAAUUAUUCAUACUUUACUUUUCAUUUCUUAACCUUAUUUGUCACAGAAGUGUUUUUCAAUAUCUGUAAAUUAAUGAUUACACAUUUCUUUGUAAACUAUAAUCGAUAGAAGUCAUUUAUCGAAAAAAAUCAAAUGAUUUUUCAGCCAUUACUGAUGGUUAUGUGUACAUGUGACGAAUACACCUUUGUUUUCACCAAUACUAUUACAAUGACCAUACAUCAGAUGUGCCAUGUAAACUUAGCAUUAAACCUGUAUGAUUAACUGUAUAUCGAUUAUAUUAUCUAUGUUAUCGAUGGAAAAAUUGCAAUGUAUUUGGACGAAGGAUAUCCAAAUAUGUUAACUUUCCAAAGGGUUGGUAUUUAUGUGUUAAAAAUAUAUUGCAAAAUUCAAAAUUAAAUAACAAUUGUUUUGCAUUUUUUUUAACUAUAGCGUCCAGAGAAAAUUGUAUAAAAUAUGCAGUAAAAAACAAACAUAGUACCAGCCUUUAAAAAAAUUUUUAAAAAUUUUUUUCUUAAUAUUCUUCGCUCAUUAAACGUGAAGAGCUCAAAGCUGUACUAAAUUUUUUAACUAUACAGUGCAAAUCAUUUGUUAUCCAUUGUUAUCGCAUGAUAUCGAUAACAAUCCAAUAUAUUAUUUUCUGUGUUUUAUUUAGUCGUAUCCAAUGCAAUUCAGGGGCCGAAUUUUCGAAUGAAAUUUCAUGUUAUUACUCUUUUAUACACACUUUAAUAUCAAACUUUUAUAAACAAUGAUCGAUUUAAACAUUCGCAUUUCUAAAUUUUAAAAAUUCUCGUUUAACAAACAAGUACGUAAUUCACAAUAGAAAUAUUUCAAACGAAUUUACUCGUACACGUAUGCGGUAAUGCGGCCCCAGAUGUUCUGUAUGGAAUAUCAGGGCAAACUUGUACUGGUAAGUUAUCGGUAUCAUGCAAUAACAGAUAAUAACCAACGAUUAAAUGUGAUUUGCACUAUAUAGUACUAAAAUAUAACACAGCAAUUAUCGCAUGAUAUCGAUAACAUUAGAGUACAUCUACGGGAAUUCUAUCCAGUGCAUCUUAUUUGCACUGGGUAGAAAAAAAUGCUGUGUUUUAUUUAGUCCUAUCCAGCGCAGGUCAGAUAUUCUGGAUAGAAUACGAGUGCAAAGUUGCACUAGUAAGUUAUCGAUAUCAUACGAUAACAAAGAAUAUGAACCGAUUUAUCAUGAUUUACACUAUAUAGUAAUAAAAUUUAAUUAUUUUCUUUAGCAAUAAUUUAUUAAAUGAAUCUUUAUUAUUUGAAAUAUCUGUCGUAUUUAUUUUACACUCACAU